AUGGCCGCCAGCAAAAAAAUUGUCUUCGCCAUUCUGCUGUUCGUUGCUGUGUUGGGCGAGGUUUUGUGCCAGCAAGUUGUUGAGGAUAAUGCUUCGGAUGUUGCUGAAGGUCGCACAUUCAGUCAUCACUUCCUGAAGCGUUUGAGUUUUGCUGUCAUUCCCGGCGCCUUUGUUGUGGGUGUGAUCACCACACUGUUGGCUGCGCUCACCGUUGUUUCGAUGAAGGGUCUGGGUGUCGGCGUGAUACUGUUGAUUUUAGCCAUCGGUCAGAUGCUUUCACGCGCCGUUCCGCAAGUACAUGCGGCCACCUACACCGCACCAGCACCCGUGCCGGUAGUAUAUUCACACUCGCACACCCAACAACCCGUGUGGCUUGAGAAGGAAUGGUAGAAUGCGCCAAAAACAUGCAGCGCACUGCUUGUACGCGCUGGAAUGGAGAUA